AUGGGCACGCCAAAGCGCAAGCGCGACGAACAGGUGCCGCGCCGCUUCUCGACGUUUGUCGAGGCGGCGACGCUCUACCAUACCAUGACGUCGGCGUCGUUUACGACAUUUCCAAAGUUUUAUACGAUUCCCAACGAGCACCCGUGGCCGGGGCACCUCCGGGGCACAAAGCUCAACACGGCUCAAGUGCGCACCCACUACAAGAACGGAACGCUGCACCCCGAGACGAUUGCGGCGCUCACCGCGAUCAACUUUGUCUUUGACGUCAACGAGCUCAAGUGGGAGCUCAAGCUCAUCGCCCUCCAGACGUACAAGGGUCUCCACGGUGACCUUUGCAUUCCGCAGGACUUUCGCGUCCCAUUCAACGACGCGGCGUGGCCGCGCGACCUCUGGGGCAUGCGCCUCGGCCUCGCCGUGCGCAGCAUCCGCCAAAAGACCGACGUGCAGUCGCCGCGCUAUGCACAGCUCUCGGCCAUGGGCUUUGUCUGGAACGUGCUCGAGCUCAGCUGGGACACGAAGCUCCUCGCACUGCGCACGUACAAGGCACUCCGCGGUGACCUCCUCGUCGCGUACAGCUUCAAGGUGCCGUCGGACUCGCAUCACUGGCCGCCCGAGACGUGGAAUCUCAAGCUCGGGCACGCCGUGCACAACAUUCGUCAAAACGCCGACGAGAUGGCGCCGGAGCGCAAGGCGCAGCUCGUGGAGCUCGGGUUUGUGUGGGACUACCUCGAGCUCAGCUGGGAGGCCAAGGUGACCGCGCUCCGUGCGUACAAGACCGCGCACGGCCACCUCAAUGUUCCGUACGGUUAUAUCGUGCCCAAGCAUGGCGUGGAGUGGCCCAAGGACGCGGGUGGCAUGAAGCUCGGCCACGCCGUGCACAACAUCCGCCAAAACACCAAGGAGCUCUCGCAGGCUCGAAAAGACCAGCUCAACGCGAUCGGGUUUGUGUGGCACUCGGUGACGCUAACUUGGGACAUGAAGCUCCUCGCGCUCCAGGUGUACUUUCGCCGGUUUGGCAAUCUGCACGUGCCAGAGACGUUCCGCGUUCCCAAGGACGAUGCCGAGUGGCCCAAGAAAAUGUGGCACAUGCGCUUGGCGGACGUCAUCGCAGACCUCCAGCGCAACCGGUCGGUCUUGACGCCCAAGCAGCUUGACGCGCUCGAUACACUCGACUUUGCGUGGCCGACGACCGACGACGAUGCGGAUGACGACGAGAUGGACGGCGCGGCGAGCAGCGAAGGCGACGAGUGCUACGAGUCGCUUUCUAUUUGCGACGGGUUUCCGCUUGUGAAGCGCCUCCGCCACCUCCACGUCGGCGCGGCGUAG